AUGUUCGUGGCUCAUGCUGAUAUCCUCCAUGAGCGCAUCACGCAGGUACCACGUGGAUGGGCACGAAGCUCCCUCCCUCAGGAUGGCGAGACCAUUACCCUCCAAAUUGGGUUAGCCUUGAACAACCUUGACCAGAUGCGAGCUAACCUUAUGGCCGUUUCGUCUCCUUCCGACCGAUGCUACGGCCAUCACAUGGAUCGUGAAGCGGUGGACGCCAUGGUUAAUCCAAAGCCUGAGGCAGGAGAGAAGGUUAUGGGAUGGCUCAAGUCCAACGGGAUUAAAGACAUGUUCAACGACGGGCGGACAGUGCACUUUUCCACCUCCGUUAGAGCAGCCGAUCGUUUGCUGAGCACCCGAUUCCGGUACUUCAAGAGCGAUGGGGCUGUUAAGCUUCGCACCAUGGACUAUUCAGUUCCUGAGGACUUGGAGGAGCAUAUUGACAUUAUCCACCCCACCACGUACUUUGGUCCGAUACAUCCCGUUCCAAUCACGCGGCUCUUGGAAUCCGAGCUUGCAGAGGCCAGCAACACACUCAGGUCGUCAAUCACCAAGCGUCAAACCACUGCCCCUUCAUGCGGAACGUUUAUCACGCCAUCCUGCUUGAAUGAGUUAUACAACGUUCGGAAUUACACUGCCCACUCCAAUUCUGGAUCUCAUCUUGGCUUUGGGUCAUUCUUAAAUCAAAGCGCUCGUUACGAGGACUUGGUUCGCUAUCAAAACCAUUUUGGCCUGCCGCACCAGAACUUCACGAAGGUUUUCAUCAACGACGCGGCAAAUAACCAGAGUGCAUCCUCGAGAGAUCAAACCGAGGCAAAUCUUGAUGUGCAACAGCUAGUCGGCGUUGGAGGCCCGCUUCCCAUUACCGAGUUUUUGACAGGAGGUGCACCCCCUUUUAUUCCGUCAUUAGACCUCCCAACCCCAGAGGAAAACACCAAUGAGCCUUACGUCCCAUACUACGAGUUCCUCCUCCGCCAACCGAACUCGGCAUUGCCACAAGUUAUUACCAAUUCCUAUGGGGAGGCGGAGCAAACCGUCCCUCUUCGAUACGCCCACCGGACAUGCAACCUCAUCGGCCUACUCGGUCUUCGUGGUAUUACGGUACUUCAGUCGUCAGGCGACACGGGGGUCGGUGCUGCCUGCCAAUCCAAUGAUGGGAAGAAAACACCUGAGUUCGUCGGCCAAUUCCCCUCGACCUGCCCAUGGAUUACCGGCGUCGGAGGUACCGAGGGGCUUAAUCCUGAGAUCGCAUGGCGAGAUAGCUCAGGCGGCUUUAGCGACGUGUGGAGUCGUUGGGACGCCCCAUAUGCCAUCAAAGCCGUUUCGAAUUACCUGGAGAACGAGGCUAACCAAACAGCUCUCGAGCAGCAGAGACCGUACUUUAACUAUCACGGUCGUGGAUUCCCAGAUGUAUCUGCACAUUCCGGGCGGCCAUGGUAUCUCGUCUUUAGUGGCAACCGCAUGUCUCGAACUGGCGGCGCUAGCGCUGCGUCUCCAGUAUUUGCUGCCAUCGUUGGGCUUCUCAACGACGCGAGGUUUCGGGCCGAUCCUCCCCUUCCAGCGUUGGGCUUCCUGAACCCGUGGCUGUACUCCGACGGGUACAAGUCCCUCCUCGAUGUCACCGAAGGCGGAUCGGUUGGAUGCACCGGAAUCAAUCCGCAGUUGGGAAUCUUCUACAACGGGAGUAGCAUUAUCCCAUCCGCUAGUUGGAAUGCCACGAAGGGAUGGGAUCCCGUGACAGGACUCGGUGUGCCGGACUUUCAGAAGAUGUUGGCAGCAGCGUUGAAAUUGAAGAAAGGGAGGGGAUGUGGGAUAGCGAAGGUCCUGCACGAGGGAUCUGCGGAGCGUACGUGA